AUGGACUUGAUCUACUCCCGUAAUGACGCUCUCGACGUCAACCCUCAGGGCGGCCAAUCUCACCUCUCCGAGGGAGGCUCCGACUGGCUCUGGGCCGUUAUGGCUUGCUUCACCCUCGCCUUCCUCGUCUACUAUGCCCUUAGCUUCCGGCCGCAUCACGGGGAGAAAAUCUUCCAUUACCUCUUCUCCAUCGCCCUGUUCGUCGGCGCUAUCUCCUACUUCGCCAUGGCCUCCGGGCUCGCAUAUUCCGUCAUCCCAACGCAACUCUACACAAGAGAUGCCGCAACGUACCAGAUCUUCUUUGCCAAAUACAUUUUCUGGGUCGUCGCCUUCCCCAUCAUUAUUAUAGCUCUUGGGCUUAUUAGUGGCGUAAGCUGGGCAACCAUCUUAUUCAACGUCUUUCUAGCUUGGAUUUGGAUCAUCUCGUAUCUCUGCUCUGCCUACACGGCCACCCGGUAUAAGUGGGGAUUCUACGCCUUCGGCACUGUCGCCUACCUCCUGCUCGCCUUUCAAACCAUAUGGGCAAGCCGCUCCUCCGCUCGCCGCUCCUCUACUGACCGCUCGUCCGUCGACCGCGACUAUACCAUGCUCGCUGGCUUUGUCAAUCUCCUCUGGCUCCUGUACCCGAUUGCCUUUGCCGUCUCGGACGGUGGCAACGUCAUCAGUGUCACUCGGAGCCUUAUUUUCUUCGGCAUCCUUGACCUCCUCCUCCUGUGUGGAACCGCGUUCGCUUUCCUUUUCCUCGCACGCAGGUGGGACUACGGUCGCUUACACCUAAGCUUUACCCAGUAUGGCCGGGUUGGCUCAUAUGGAAAUGCCGCGCACCCCGAGAAGGGACAUGUAGGCAUGCAUCGGCCAGCGGGCACUGUCACGACUGCGCCUGACUUAUAG